AACAGUAACACCAUUUGGAUUCAACUCUGCAGAGUCUGAAAGGGAAUAGUAUAGAAAACUGUGCACUGUGACACCGUUGUAGUUGUUAACUUAGGUUGCGUAUUAUCACACGUAUCAUCCUCAUAUCUGAAAACCGUCUUAUGAUGCUGCCACAUACACACAUUAUCAAUUACCACCAUACUUGUCUAUUUCUAUGUGCUAACAGGGAAUAAUUUUUGGAUGCUACUACUAUGUCACAUAACUCUGCAGUUUGCAAUUACAAGCCUGAUUAAUUAGCUCUUUAUGUAUAUCUAUAUAUAUGUAUGUAUGUCCUAUACAAAGCUUCAGGGGUGAUCACAAUUCACAACACAACUGAAUAGUAGUUAGUAGUACUAAUAAAUUUGUGAUCUGAACAAAAGAAAAAGAAAGAGAUGUUGGCAGUGUUUGCAAGGGAAGCUGCAAAGCCACCUGAGGAGCUGAGGCUUCCGGCAAUGGCUUCCAACAAUGAUCCAAUGAUGACCCCAGAAGAAAUUGUGGACAAGUUUAAAUCUUUGUGGCCGGAUUCUACUGUUUAUAACCUCCCUCAUGGAAAUUUCAUGGCUUUGUCCCAUCAACACGAGACUCCAAGGCACCCCAGGUCUAUUGUUGUUUUAGACGAUAUAUUUUGCAUAUUUGUGGGAGCACUAGCAAACAUAGCUGAGCUUAGACAUCACUAUGGCCUCCAAAGACAAGCAACAGAAGCCAUGAUUGUGGUUGAAGCUUAUAAGGCCUUAAGAGACCGAGCUCCCUACCCACCUGACCAAGUUGUUAAAGAUCUUGAUGGAAAGUUCGCAUUCACCAUCUUUGAUGCCAGAACUAACAAUCUUUUUGUAGCAAGGGAUCGAGAUGGAGGUGUGAAUCUGGAGUGGGGAUUGGCAAGUGAUGGUUCCUUGGUUUGUUCUGAUGAUCUUCAAAUCAUUAGAGAAGGAUGUGGAAAAGCUUGUUCACAUUUUCCUCAAGGGUGCAUUUUCAUAAGUGGAAGUGGGUUAACAAACUUUGAUCAUCCACUUCACAAGGUUCGAGGAAUAGCACAUGAAGAUGACAGUGGAAAUAUCUUUGGUGUAUAUUUUCAGGUGGAUCUCUACACAAAGAUUCCAAGCAUUCCUCGCAGGGGAAGUGCAUCAAAUUGGGCAGAUACUGCUAUGAUCAAGGGAGAGUAAAAGCUUUGAUCACUUGUCAAACCAAAGUCUUUUAACACAUUAGACAUUAUGCCUCUACAUCAUGGACUAAUUAGUUUCAUUAGUUUCUGUUAAUGCUUAAGUUUUAUAAACUUUAAUAAAGGUGUGUUAUUUUUGUGCAUUUUUAAACUUAUGAAGCGUAAAGUGUAAUUAUGACUGUCUACAAACAACAAUGAGGUUAAUAGAAUAAACUUGAUAAGUGUUAUUGAAA